CCGUAUACUACAUAAUGUAGGCUACUGCAUGCUACAGUAAACUCUCCAUAGUCUUUCCUUCUCUCUGUCUCUCUCUUUGUCAUUCUUUCCUCUGGGCAUGUUCUGGACACCCCCAUAUGGGUAUAAGGUUAGAGAACUGGGCCAACGGAUGUGGGGUGGGGAAUCUCGCUCAGUCACUCACCACCAAGGGACCAAGGAGGAGGAAGGGACUUUGGAGCUCAAACAAAGAAGAGCGGGCGGAGUGAAAACAACAAAGACGAUGGAGAGGAGGGGAGGGGGGACAACGGAAAAGCGGCACAACGUGGAUGUCGGUGAAGAAUCGAAACUCCGAAAAUUAAAAAAAACAAGGUUAAAGCUUUUCAUUAAGGUUGAGCGGUGUAGGAGUUCAAAGGCAGCAGAAGCGAAUCAACAAGGCAAGAAUGACAAAGACAUACGACGCGUCGGAGGGGAGAAAAGAGGAGAAAAGAGGGGAAGAAGCUCGUUACACUUGCGGGGAUGUUUGGUCGUAAAAGAGCGGAGACGACAAGGUUCGUGUCUCGUCUUUGAGAAGUUGCGGUUUGUUUACAUUUGGGUAGCGGCUGAAAAGAGACGAGAAGAAGAAGAAGAAGAAGAAGAAAAGGUUUUUUUCGUGGCUUUCAAGAUUUCGUAAACAAAACAUAAACAAUUUUUAAUUUUUGUAUUUCAUUGUGAUUUUCUAUUGGAUAUGUCGCCUUUCUAUUCUUCCUUCUUUUCUCUUCCUCUUCCUCUUCUCUCUCUCUCUCCCCUCUAGAGAUAGCAGGCAAAAAAGGAAUCGCUACGCAAUCCGUCUUUGUUCGCUCUUUUGCGUUGACCAUACACGUCACCUAUGCAUUCGUCAGCAAAAAGAUGAUCCGUGAUUCUUCGAAAGGUUCCACGAUUUCCUGUCUGAUGAUUACGUCAUGCGUGCGAAGACGGAAACCAGUAUAAACGGCAAGACUGGGACUCACCGUUGGUAUAUAACUUGUAAACAACCACCACGAUCGUUGACGGA